AUGUACCACACCUGCUGUUCCAUGGGCUGCCAGUCGCCGUGCCCCAGGCCCGGGUGCUGUGCCCCUGCUGCCUGCUGCUCAUCCCCAUGCUGCGGGAGCUCCUGCAGUUGUCCUGCCCCCUGUGUGACUCUGCUGUGCCGGCCCAUGUGUAGCGUGGCCAGCUCCUGUCAGUUGCCCUGUGGGACUGCCAGCUGCUGUCCUUCGGCCUGCAGUCAGGCCUCCUCCUGUGGCUCAGCUUGCUGCAUGCCCAGCCCCUGCCAAGCGAAGUGCUGUGUGCCUGUGAGCUGCAAGCCCACUGUGUGUGUGCCUGUGAGCUGUAAGCCUGCUGUAUGUAUGCCUGUGAGCUGUGAACCCGCCGUGUGCGUGGUCCCCUCCUGCCAGUCCUCCCAGUGCUGCCAGCCCUCUUGCCCCACUGUCAUCUGCAGACCUGUCUCCUGUAGCACUCCUGCCUGCUGCUGA